AUGGGUAUAUGUGAAUCACACUCAUAAGACUAUUUGGAAAAGUUUUAGGAUAACAAAUAAUCUGUAACUUGUCAAUGUUACAUAUAAACUUAAUAAAAUAGAAUUAAAGUGCCUAUUUUAAAUUCACCAACCUAAAAUACCCUAUAUUCAAAAAAGAUAAAUAUAGGGUCCUAAUAAAUUAUGUGA